AUGGAGGUGAAGAGCCGUGCGUUACCGUCGGAGUCGUGUACGGGUGUCGCCAAUGAUGUGCCCAUAGAGUCGUCGGCAACGGCCGCCAAACUCGCGCAACAGUCGUCCGAAAAUCAUCAUGUGAAGAGCCGUGCGUUACCGUCGGAGUCGUGUACGGGUGUCGCCAAUGAUGUGCCCAUAGAGUCGUCGGCAACGGCCGCCAAACUCGCGCAACAGUCGUCCGAAAAUCACAUGAACUCAAAGAAUGGCAGAAAUUUGUUUAGAUUUAGCGAAAGAUUCACUAAAAAGACAAAACAGACGAAGAAAAGCAAACUCAGAAAUGACAGUAACAUUACCGGUCAGUCCUCGGUCGGGGAUGCCUUAAAAGGGGUGAAGUCGACGGUUGAUAAUGAGAGCCUAUCGGGCGAUGAGAUGGGUAUUGUCGUGAGUGAUCAUAUUGGCAGAGGUGGUGCGAGAUAUGAUUCAAAGCUAUCUAUAGGGACUGGUGAUCAACAGACAAGAAGUGAUGACAUGGGCAGUGGUGGCCCAAAGUCGGAGUCUCUUUCCGGGAAUAUAGAGUCACUCGAUUGGAACAAAUUAAUGGUUGAAAUACGAAAAGUUUGUUUCAAAUAUGACAGCAAAGGCUUUAUAGACAAACUCAAUAUGUCUGUACCUAAGAGUGCAAUAUAUGGAUUACUGGGUCCGAGUGGCUGUGGAAAGACUACUUUAUUGAGACUUAUUUUAGGCCUAAUAAAACCAAAAUCUGGUACUAUUCAAAUCAAUGGUAAACCACCGGGUAGUUCUGCUAACAAUAUCCCGGGUAUUGGCGUUGGAUUUAUGCCUCAAGAAUUGGCUCUCUUUCAAGAGAUCACACUAAACGAAGCGCUCAAAUACUUCAGCCGAUUGUAUGGUAUGAGCGAUGAGUUGACGCUUUCGAGGAUUAAGUUUUUGGUAGACUUUUUGGAUCUGCCCGAUGCGGACAGACUUAUUGGUACCAUGAGUGGUGGACAAAAGCGACGGGUUUCCUUAUCGCUAUCUCUUGUACACAAUCCACCACUUCUUAUAUUGGAUGAGCCCACUGUUGGUACUGAUCCGGUGUUGAGAGAGAGGAUUUGGGAGCAUUUGGUGGUGUUAUCCCGAAAGGAGUCGACAACUAUUAUAAUAACCACUCAUUAUAUCGAAGAGGCCCGAAGAGCACACGUGAUAUCACUGAUGAGAGAGGGAAGACUACUGGUUGAACAUUCGCCACAAUAUCUAUUGAAUCAUUUUUGUGUCCAAAAUCUGGAGGAAGUGUUUCUGAAAAUGUGUGACAGAAAUAGGUCGGCAAUUAUGCCACAGAAUUACUACAACACCAGAAGUAUAGACAGUAGCGAUAACUUAGUUUCAAAUGAAAAACCAAAGGAUAAGGAAAUGACAGACAAAAUGAUACAAAAAACUUCGGUUACAUCUACUAAACGAGUGUUAACCCAAACGUAUAAAAAUGGGAUCAGACUUAUGAGAAACAAACCUUUACUACUAUUUGAGACCAUUUUGCCGACAAUCUGUAUAAUAAUAUUCUGUUUAUGCAUCGGAACCAAACCAUACAAUAUUCAGAUAGCCGUCUAUAACGGGGAAUAUGAUAAUUUCACGACAAACGGUUCCCAAGUGACAACAUUAAGUACAACUUUUCUCCGUCAAGUCAAUAAUAAGACUAUUAACCUGAAACACUAUUCAUCAAAUGAAAGCGCUUACAAUGCGGUGCGAUAUUCUGGCGAUACAUACGGUGCUAUUGUUUUUGACAAAAACUUCACGUCUGCCCUCUUCAACAGAUUUGUUAACCAGUUUAAGGCCACCGAUGAAGACAUCGACAGCAGUACCAUUCAGUUCUUCGGGGACUUUACAGAUAUGAUAAUAACGGAAACGCUGACCAAAGCCUUAAUUGACGCCGAGUUGUCUUUCAUGAGAGAGACAAUGAAUACAUAUUUGCUGAUUAACCAAGAUCCUUUGAUUAAGAAACAGUUUAGACUAUAUGAUCCGCUCGUCAAAUUCAUGGACCCACCCGUCUAUGGCUCUAUUGAUCCCAAUUUUCGAGAUUUUAUGGCACCAGGAAUCAUAAUAUCUGUCAUUUACUUCAUGGCCGUGGGUCUGACGGCACUGACACUAGUAGUGGAGCGAAAGGAGGGCCUACUGGAGAGGUCGCUGGUGGCCGGGCUUAAGAUGCACGAGAUUCUCGCCUCACAAGUCUUACUACAGUUCUUUAUAGUGGUAUUACAGGCAACACUACUCAUGAUAUUCACGUUUUUGGUGUUUGAAGUGCCCAACCAGGGUAAUAUUGUCUACAUUAUACUCAUUGUUUUGCUACAAGGACUGGGCGGCAUGUGUUUCGGUCUGGUCAUAUCAUCCGUGUGUAAGGAUGAGAACUCGGCUAUAAUGGCUUCGUUGGGAUCUUUUUAUUCCUAUUUCUUGAUAUCGGGCGUCAUUUGGCCGCUCGAAGGGAUGCCCCCCUGGCUCAAGACUAUCAGCUAUUUUACGCCACAAACCCUGUCUAUAAUAUCUCUCCGUAAUGUCAUGUUAAAGGGCUGGACUAUAGUCUACCAAAACUAUAUUUAA